AUGAAAAGUAGUGCAUGUGCACUGGACACAAGGUGUAACCACGCAGAACCCGCUUUGCUACACACCUGCAGCCUGCAGUACAACAACAACGACAACAACGGCAGCAGCAGCGGCAGCGGCAGUGGCAGCGGCAGCUAUAGGUUGGAGCAGUCGAGUCCAGGAGUUCUGAAUGCACAGAACAGGCACGGGCAGACCGCCUUGCACCUGGCCGCCAUGGCUGGCAGCUCCCGGUGUCUGCGCUUGCUGGUCCUGGAAGGGGCCGCAGCAGAGAUCAAGGACGUCUACGGCAGAACGCCAGCCUUCUAUGCAGAGCAGCGCGGCGAGAAGGAGGCCGUGCGGUUCAUCGACCAGGGAACCGUCUUUGUCGAGGCCGCCGCGAAUGCAGAUCAGACAGGUGGCGACAAGAUGUUCAAGAGCAGUGGCAAGUGGACGCCCGAGGAUGAGUUGGCGGUAGACCUGCAAGAUGCCGCCGCGGGCUUCGGCACCGACGCGCUCGCCGCGGUCAUCGUCGGUGGGGCCUGCGGGUGCAUCUGCCUCGCCUUCUGCAUGCUCCUGGUGCGGAGACGCUGCCGACGAAAGGUGCCGGUUGUGCCGGCGAAGCUGGAGGAGAAGCCGAAGCGAUCGGCCAGCUCUUUAGACCCACGGCGGCCGCGGCCCGUGUGGGUGAAGCAAGAGGAGCCUGCGAAGCAGCCGCAGCCGUCGGCACGAAUCUCACCCCGCCCUAUGAGCGACAGUGAUGCCAGCGACGUUGGAGGCAACAGGUCCCGCCGCGACCCCACCGUGGUGGUCCACGCCAACCCCCGGACGCCCAAGCAGUCUACAGGAGGCAGCUUGACGAUCCCAACAGCCUUCUCAGAGCUCCGAUUGACACCCGACACACAGAUGUUGCGCCUCAUCCCCGUGAUUGAACCUCGGACCUCCAGACAACCCUCACUUGCACGCAUGUAUGCAAGCUCGCUGCUGGCUGCAACUGGCCGCUUGGACAACCCGGUGACAGAGUCGGGAAGAGCUCCUGCCAAGCGGCCGAGGACGGAUGACCUAUGGAGGGAGUCCAUCAAGCGGCUGUGCGAUCUAUCCUCCUGCCAGGUGCUUCCCGACACGGUACGCUUCAACGCAACCGCCGCAGCCGCUGGUAAGGCUGGGCAGUGGCAGACGGCCCUGUGGCUCUUCUCGAGCAUGGUGAGGGUCCGAGCUCCACCGGAUACCAUCAGCUUUGGCGGGGCGUUGAAUGCCUGUCGCGAAGGUGGGCGGUGGCGGCCCGUGGUGCAGCUGCUCUCGGAGAUGGGCUCUACAGGUCUGGCACCGAACCUUGUUGCCGUUGGCACUGCCACAAGUGCCUGUGGACGGGCAGCGCAGUGGAAUGGCGCGCUGCAGCUGUUUGCCGAGCCUCCGGACCUUUCGACUGACCUCGUCCUCUUCAACUCGACCAUCACUGCCUGUGAGAAGGGCACAAGGUGGGCAUCGGCGUUGCAGCUGCUUGCGGCCAUGCCCACGUCAAGGGCUGUGCCCAACCAGGUCAGCUGUGGUGCGGGCAUCAGUGCAUGUGCCAGGAAGUGGGAAAGAGCCCUGCGACUUUUUCACCAGCUCGCUGCGGCAGAGGCGCCGAACACGGUGACCCUGAGUUCUUGUGUCGGUGCGUGUCAGAAGGCCACCGCCUGGCAGUCAGCCCACUUCUUGCUGGCCAGCAGCGUAGCAGAAGGAAUUCGACCAAAUGAGGUUACAGUCAACACCGCCAUCAGCGCAUGCGAAGAAGUGGCGCGCUGGCAGAUGGGACUUCACUUGCUGCAGGACGUGCUAUCUGCCAGCCCAGCUGGUCUCCGCGUCGGAUUCAACGCUGCCAUCAGCACUUGUGCAAAGGCGGCGCAAUGGCAACGAGGGCUGCGUCUUCUCGCGGAGAUGCCCCAGGCCAGAGUCCAGGCGAACGUGAUCAGUUUCAAUGCUGCCCUCGACGCGUGUCACAAGGGACGGCAGUGGCAGGCCGCGAUCUUCCUACUCUCCGCCAUGGACACAGCGCAGGUUGCCGCUGACGCGGUCAGCUUCAGCACGGCUCUGAGCACGUGCGAGCGAGCUGGGCGGUGGGAAGUCGGCCUCCAGCUCUUGUCACGACUGGAGGAGUCUGCCAUCCAGGUGGACGCCGUGUGCUGCGCUGCUGCCGUGAGCGCUUGUGAGAAGGGAAGCCAGUGGCAGCUGGCCCUGGAGCUUCUCUGGGCCCUCCCGAGUCGCCAUGCCCUCCCAGACGUCGUGUGCUUCAAUGCAGGCCUAAGCUCCUGUGAGAAAGCUGCGCAGUGGCUCGUGGGGCUUCGGCUGCUUCACGACGCGCCGGCCUUCGAAGCAGACGAGGAAGGGAUUCUUAAAAUCACGCCGGCCUGCACCUCAACGCAAGAUGCUCUGUAG